AUGGGUCAGAUCGUGAGGGGGAAGAAGAAGGGAAGGCCGUCCAAGGCAGAUCUGGCUCGCCGCUCCGGCGAAUCGCCGGCGGAGGAGCGGGACGUCCGGAGAAGUCUCCGGCGCCGGAAUGUGAAGUACACCAUAGACUACGACGACUACCUGGACGACGACUCCGAGGACUCCGACGAAGACGAGGAGAUUAGAAUACAGAAGAAGCUGAAGCUCAUGGCCAAGCUCCACCCGGAACAACCACCGCCUCCCCUGGCGCGUAACUCCCACGCGCCGGAGUCGUCGUCGGAAUCCGAGGAUGAGAGGAAGCCGCCGCUGAAGAAGCGGCCGAUCAGUAAGGACGACGACGACGAAGACGAGGAUUACGAAGGAAAUGACGGCGGUGAUGACGACGAUGACUGUGAGGAACGGGGUCUGAAGCCACACUCCAAGCAGCUCAAUUCCCCUCCAGGAACGCCGUCGGAUCAUCAUCAGGCUGUCACUCCAUUGCCGGAUAAGAAGACGUUGGAGUUGAUUCUCGACAAGCUUCAAAAGAAGGACACUUAUGGCGUGUAUGCAGAACCUGUUGAUCCUGAAGAGCUUCCUGACUAUCAUGAUGUCAUUGAGCAUCCCAUGGAUUUCACAACGGUGAGGAAGCAAUUGGCAAAUGGAACAUAUUCUACACUAGAACAAUUUGAGAGUGAUGUCUUUUUAAUAUGUUCAAAUGCAAUGCAAUACAAUUCACCCGAGACGAUAUACCAUAAACAGGCAUCAUCUAUACAAGAGCUAGGGAGGAGAAAAUUUGAGAGGUUAAGAAUUGACUAUGAAAGGUCAGAAAAGGAGGUCAAAUUAGUGCAGAAAACAAAGUCAAAUUCCUUGGUAAAGAAACCAAUAAAGAAGCCUCUGUCCCGAACGUUACAGGAACCUAUUGGCUCAGAUUUCUCCUCAGGUGCCACUCUUGCCAAUGCUGCAGAAGUCCAGAACAGUUCCCAUCCAACACAAGGAACUGGUUAUGAGAGACCUAGCAACAUUGAUGGGCCUGUAGAGGGUAUUAUAUCCUUGAAUGAAGCUAGUCUAGAGAAAACAGAAGAAAUGCUAUCAGGGAAGAGUAUGCCGAGUAUGCCAUCUAAAGCUGGGAAGAAGCCAUCUGUGCUUGAUGACAACCGUCGUGCAACCUAUAACAUAUCUAGUGAGCCUGUGAUCACAUCAGAAUCAAUAUUCACAACUUUCGAGGGUGAAACUAAGCAGUUUAUUGCAGUCGGGCUUCAUGCAGAAUAUGCAUAUGCCAGGAGCCUGGCUCGAUUUUCUGGAAGUCUUGGACCAAUUGCUUGGAAAGUUGCAUCAAAGAGGAUCGAACAGGCCUUACCUGAUGGUUGUAAAUUUGGUCGUGGAUGGGUCGAAGAAUAUGAGCCACUGCCAACCCCUGUACUGAUGGUAAACAAAGGUACCCAAAGUCAAUCUGCUUUGCCUCCAAGAUUCUUUUCACACAAUGAACCUAGAAAGGAUAAUAGAACUUUAAGGAUUUCAGUUCCUGCUAAGGAUCGCUCUGUUACUAAGCCUGUUAUUGAAGAAAGACAGCAAUGUGUUAGUGUGCCAACUUCAGCAGGGAGACCAUUGUUAUUUGGUUCUUCUAGGGGGAAUUACUCAGAAGAGAAACACUCUGUCAUUAGUUCUGUUGGAACAAAAGGUGGUCAUGCAGUUAAUGCAUUUCAUCAGCAGCAAAAUCCACAAUCCAGAUUUAUUGAGAGUGGGAAACAGGUCCCAAAGAAAGUUGAGUUGAACUCUGUACCCUCAGCUAAUCAAAAUAACGCCAACCUUGUUCCAGAAAAGCAAUUAGCAAGAAACUCAGAGCCAGCAGCUUCAAGGUCCAGAGGUACAGCAUUGAGGAACAUGAAUAUUCCGCAGUCUUUACCUUUCAAGAUGCCGGAUUCUAAUGGUGUUGUUACCUCACGGUUGCCUAAUGGGAAAGGUGCCAGUGCUUGUUCGGAGAAUCGGAUGAUUGGUUCUUCUGAUAGGGCUCCUAGCCAAAUGGAAAGAACUGAAGCUUACUUUCCUCAUGCACACGAGCAGGGUCUUAGUGACCCAGUACAGCUGAUGAAAAAAUUGGCGGAAAAGACACAAAAGCAACAGAACUUAUCAACUCAAUCGUCAACUGAUACUAAACCUGUCAUGUCAUCGGUUCCAUCAACGAGAAGAGACGACCCAAGCAAUGCUGCAGCAGCUACUGCCCGUGCUUGGAUGUCUAUUGGGGGUGGAGCGUUUAAACAGCCAACAGACAAUCCCACAGUAGCUAAUGGUCAGAUCUUUUCAGAUUCAUUAUAUAACCCAUCCCGAGAGUUUCAUUCACAAAUUUCACGAGUUCGAGGGGUGGUUCCUAAUUCUGGUGCAAUGCAAUUCCAGACUGAGAACAGUUUUUCAUUUCCAACUUUUUUACCACGACCUGUUCAUAUGGUGAAUGAACCGCAGUUCCAAAAUCGGCCUAUAUUUUUCCCUCAGUUAGCAGCAGCUGAUUUAUCUAGGUUUCAGGUGCCACCCCCUUGGAGGGCUCACAGUCCUUGUGCCCAGCCAAGACAGAAACAGGAAUGUCUUCCUCCAGAUUUAAAUAUUGGUUUCCAGUGCCCAGGGUCUCCAGUGAAACAGUCAUCUGGUGUUAUCGACUCUCAGCAGCCAGACUUGGCUUUGCAACUCUGAGUCCAGAUGGUUAUCUGGAGGACUCAACAGAUAGAGUACAUAGCUGAGACGUAUAUCUCUGGGUUUCAUCUUCUGAUCUUGUUAUGAUAGAACGGUAUGGCGAUUAUCCAUUUUUGACCUCGAAAGGGAAGUUUGCCAAGAUGAAAUGAAGGUAUGUAUUUGCUCGACUUGAUAUAUCAUCUACUCAGAAUUUGAGGAGAGAUAGGUUUAACAGAAAGUCCUGUUCUGGCUUUACUAGGUGAGGAUCACUGACUGGCAGAAGCAGCACACACGGGCAGAAGAUGAUUCACUGUGGUCAUGACAGAUUGCGUAGGAGUUGUUAAAGCAACAUAAUUGCAUAAAUGUAGUCGAGGCCUUGUACAUGGUUACAGGUUGAUGAGAAUUAGGUUGUUUAGAUUUUACUCCUGUUCAUGCCUGUUCAUGUAAUUGCUUUGAGAAUUCCUCUUCAUACCGGUGCUAUUAUAAUGUACAUGUGCACAGUGCACUAUCAUUGCCUCUC